AUGUCACCAGGCUUCGAUCGCGACGGCAAGUUGGUCGACGUUGCGACAUGUACCAUCGAGUUCAGGUUGACGUCGUCAACAUAUCUGCGCACUAAACCGGCGGUAAGGGGUCAGAGAGUGGGAAUGGCGCGCUACGUCACAUCUUGUGUGCAUGACGGCAUCGAAACCCUCAACACUGCAGGUCAGGAAGUGAGGAGAGCCGUUGGGAAUCUCAACUCUGGAUGA